AUGUCCACUGUCGUCAUCCUAGGCGGCUCACUAGGUGGUCUCGCCGUCACGCACCGCCUCCUCAAGUACACGCUCCCUCACGAACCAAACCUCAAAGUAAUCCUAAUCACAAAAGUAACUCACCCUCACCUCCCUCCCCCCAUCCCAAGCUCAUUUAUUUCGCAGAACACCCAUUUCUACUGGAACGUAGCGUCCAUCCGCGCCGUCAUCCCCGGCGUCCUCACCGACGACCAGAUCCUCCAGCCCAUCGAGCCUGGCCUCGCGCAAUAUCCCGCCAACAGCGUAGAAUUCAUCCUCGGCGAAGUAACUUCCCUAGACGCCUCCUCCAAAACCCUCCACGUAUCUACGGCCCAGGAACCCCGCACAGUAACAUACAAUUACCUCGUCAUCGCGACAGGAUCAACCAGUAAAUCCCCCUCCCUUCCCUGGAAAGCAUCCUCCACGCACGAAGCAUGCCUCACGUCACUACACACCACUGCCGAAAACAUCAAAAAUGCGUCUCAUAUUGUCAUUGCGGGCGCGGGGGCAACGGGCGUAGAACUCUCCGGCGAGAUACGCUUCGCCUUCCCGGACAAGACUGUCCUUUUGCUAUCUGCGGAUGAACAGCUUCUAGGUGGUGAUUCCAUCGCAUCCGCUGCAGAGAGGGAAUUAGUAAAGCUGGGCGUUACUAUUCGGAAGGAGGUGCGGGUGUCGGGGGCGGAGGAAAGGGGUGAGAGGACGGUGGUGAAGCUUGAUAGUGGGGAGGAGAUUGAGACGGAGCUGUAUCUCCCGACGAUGGGGUUUGUGCCCAACACGGCGUAUUUGCCGGACGGGUUCUUGAAUGAGAGGAGGUAUGUGGAUGUGAAUGAGUACAUGGGCGUGGCGGCGACGAACGGAGAUGGGAUAUGGGCUGUUGGGGAUGCGGUGUCGAAACCGAGAGCUGGGUUUCUCAUCACAGAGGCACAGGCAGCGGGUGUGGCUAGGAAUAUCGACCUGGUUCUACGAGGUAAGGAGCAGCAGGUUGUUCAUGGACCGCCGCUGGAUAUAUUCAUCUGUUCGACGGGCCGGUCCCGCGCCGCAGGGCGAUUUGGGUUCGUCCCAAUUCCAUCGUUGGCAGCGUGGAUUGGCAAGGGUCGGACAUUGGGGAUAGACCGGACGAAAAAGUAUGUCGAUGGGAGUAUGUGGUGA